AUGGCGAUGGAGUCCGGCAGUGAAUUAAAGGGCCACUCUCCGCAGCCACCCUCAUCUUUGCUCAAUCUGGAUUCUGCCACUGAUUCAUUCACUCCCACCCCAGAGCCAUCACACCCUCCCGAACUCUCUUUCAGCAUGGAUAUCUCCUCCACGGCUGCACCCCUUCCCAAUCCCAACUUCUUUUCUAACAUGGAUGAGUCCUCAGCCUCAGUGGCCCCUCCCAUCCUCGACUCCGAUUCCAGCAUGGAAGAUACCCCCUCAGAGUCAUCUGGUUCUCUUUCAAACUCGAAUCUUCCUCCCGAGUUCCCUUCCAGCAUGGAUUUCUUCGCCGCGACUGUGCCUCUUCCCGAUCUCGAGUUCGAAUUCACCACGGCCACUGUCAACCUUCCUUCGAUCUCCUCAAUUUCCUCUCAGGAGUCCCGUGAGGAAACACCUUACAUAACUGCACCGCAUCUUCGUCUGUCCGCGACAACUUUUGAAGAAAGCUCGGCAUACAGUAGCUUAGACUCGCCCGAAGACCUGCGAAACUCAAUGGACCGAGCUAGAGCAGGGCUGUACUGCCAUCACGAAACAAUCCAGCGAUACUGGGGACCGCCUUCGAAUCUUCCUCUGCAUUGCGAUAACUGCGGGGAGGCUACACGAUUUCUCUACGAGUGCACGGCAGACACCGCGAACUUUUCGGCAUACAAAUCAGAGAUACCCGAAAGAAAUAUUUUGAUCCUUCCCGAGUGGGAGCAAAAGGCCAUUGCGGAGAAUCAAUACACGGGCGAACAGGUAGAAAAGCUGCUGGACCAAAAGAUGAAAGUCUUGACGCUCGCAGCCGAGUUUCGAAUGAAGGUCCCGGACACGGAUAAAGCUAUGCCUGCAGGACAAGGAAUCAAAAACGACAUCAAUACGCCUCUACGCCAGAUCAAUCGAGAUAUCAUGCUUAAAGCAGCUAAAGCAGGCGACUACUCGCAGACGGAACCCUGUCGCAUGCUGUGGUGUGCCAACUGCCGCCCUGGUUCGUCGGAAAAUGCCUGGGGCGGCAUCGAUCAAGUCGUCGAAGAGCCAUACAAAGAGCCUCCUGCCAUUCCCCACAACCUGUAUCGCCCAUUGACUGACGCAAGUGUGUUGCGCAAUAUGCACAAAGACCCUACUCACUGGCGCCACUUCAAAGGUUUCCAACAGUGGUGGAAAGACAACCGAUACCCAGCCGGCAAUGAUCUCACCCCAGUUCUGGACUGGGUUGAGAUACAUGGCCUCCCAUCCGCUGCUCUUGGAGCAAUCGGCUGGUGGGUCUGGUGGCAGCAGAUGCCUGCUGACGAAUAUGAACUCUACCUCGACUGGUUGGAGGUGUUGAAUGGGAGACAGUUUGAAUGGCAUGCCUGCCAAACGAGUGACCCGUCCUUCGUCUUCUUCAACGAAGACCUCAUCUACGAGAAGUACCUCCCAGCGGAGAUUACUCCAGUACCACUCAGCACGCACCCGAUUUGGGAAGAAGCAGACGACGCCUAUGGAGAACCAAUCGCCAUUCCUGAUUAUGAGUAUGAAAUGUCCGAUCGCUAUGCUGCGAGGAAUCCCCCGAGGCUGCGAGGAGUAGCAGGUGAAUACUACAUCCGGCAAACCCAAUUUCUCGUUCGGCAGCUGCCUAGACCACCGCCUCAGGCCAAGAAGCAUCCCAUUUGGGGAGACUCCGACAGUUAG